AUGGGCAAAGCGUUUCAGCUGUCCUCCUCGGCCAUACACGCAUAUGGUCUUGACAUCCUCCAGGCCUCGUCUUUCCCCUCUUGUCACACUCGCCGUCUGCUGACCCCAGUCCUCUUUCACUACCCGCAAGUAGGAAUACUUAAUCACACACUCUCGUGCCCAUUCUUUCUCGCAUCUGAACACUUCAGGGCCGUGACGAUCUUUUGUUUUCUAAAUAUCCUAAUUCUCCUUUCAAUAAAUGUCUGGCCGACCUCAGACAGCCUCUUUCAGCAAUCUCGCUGUCUGGCAAUCGCAUUCACCCCCACUCUGCCCCACAAGUUAGACACGCUCUUGCCAAUUUUAUUCAUUUUCAACCAUAUCAUUUUGAAUUCCUCCACCACCAUUUCAAUUCCAUUCACCAUAUCACAUCCAACUACUCUGCGCCACGCCACACCACGCCAUACCACGCCACGCCACACUGUGCCACGCCAUGUCACAUCACGUCACACCACGCCACACCAUGCCAUAUCGGGUCGUGCUACAACACACCUCGCCCCACUACAAUGCACCCUGAUACCCUAA